UUAGGGCGUCUCACCGAGUACCAGGUCAUCGGGCGUCAUCUGCCCACCGAGGCAAACCCCACGCCCAAGCUGUACCGCAUGCGCAUCUUUGCGCCCAACACUGUUGUGGCCAAGUCGCGGUUCUGGUACUUCUUGACCCAGCUCCGUAAGGUCAAGAAGGCCAACGGUGAGAUCGUCAGCCUCAACGUGAUCAACGAGAAGCGCCCCCUCAAGGUCAAGAACUUCGGCAUCUGGAUCCGUUACGACUCGCGCUCCGGUACCCACAACAUGUACAAGGAGUUCCGUGAGAUGAGCCGCACCGAGGCCGUCGAGGCUCUCUACCAGGACAUGGCUGCCCGCCACCGUGCCCGUUUCGGUUCCAUCCACGGCUUCCGCAAGUACUCGACCGAGGCCCCCAAGGCCAAGUCGUCGCUGGCUCCCAUCUACGCCGCCGUCGGCAUCACCGGUCUGGGCGUUGGAUUGUACCGCUACAACUCGAGCGCUGCCACCGCUGAGGCCCCCAUCGACCGUCCCAAGGUUUUCACCGGCGGUGACCAGGGAUGGGUUGACCUGAAGCUGUCGGAGAUUGAGAUCCUCAGCCACAACACCAAGCGCCUGCGCUUUGAGUUCGAGGACAAGGAGGCCGUUUCCGGUCUUCAGAUUGCUUCCGCUCUGUUGGCCAAGUUCAACAAGCCCGGUGAGAAGGCUGUUAUCCGUCCUUACACUCCCACCAGCGAUGAGGAGCAACCCGGCUUCCUCGACCUUGUCGUCAAGGUCUACCCCAACGGCCCCAUGUCUGAGCACCUGCAUAGCAUGAACGUCGACCAGCGCCUCUCCCUCAAGGGCCCUCUCCCCAAGUACCCCUGGGAGGCCAACAAGCACAACCACAUCUGCUUGAUUGCCGGCGGCACCGGUAUCACCCCCAUGUACCAGCUGGCGCGCCAGAUCUUCAAGAACCCCGAGGACAAGACCAAGGUCACCCUGGUGUUCGGCAACGUCACCGAGGACGACAUCCUGCUGAAGAAGGAGCUCCAGGAUCUGGAGAACACCUACCCCCAGCGCUUCAAGGCCUUCUACGUCCUCGACAAGCCCCCUAAGGGCUGGACCGGCGGCGAGGGCUUCAUCACCAAGGAGCUGCUGAAGACCGUCCUCCCCGAGCCCAAGGAGGACAACAUCAAGCUCUUCGUCUGCGGACCUCCCGGCCUGUACAAGGCUAUUAGCGGAAACAAGGUCAGCCCCAAGGACCAGGGUGAGCUGACCGGUGUCCUGGCUGAGCUUGGAUACAACAAGGACCAGGUGUUCAAGUUCUAG